UGCUUUUCUUUCUCUGGGCCAUCGUCCAGUCACUACAAAAAAAGUUAACACAAACAACGCUCUCAAGAGAGAGACCUUUUUUAUCCAACGAAGUCACUCUAUACUACACUUCCCCCCCUCCCCUUUAUUUCUUUAAUAAAUGGAACCCGGGUCAUCACCACAAGAUACGUUCCGCGUCAGCAACAUGUCAAAUACAAACAAUAACAACAGCGGCAAUACAGUUGUUGGUGCUAGCGAUAAUAACAACAACAACAAUAGUAUCAACAACAAUCCAGCAACACCAUCUACCCCUUCAUCAUCAACAAACAAUAACAGCAACCCACAGCAGCAACAGCAGCAUCCUCAGCUAGACGAUUGCCUGUUUUUAUCACCCACGCUAGCCGACAUUCUCAGCGACGACCGUAUCUUGCGCUUCUAUCAAUGUGUUAAAGACAUCAAAACACAGCGCUCGCCCAUGCAAACAGCCGCCAUGUUCUUUGCCCUCUGUCAUGCACUGGGCGACAAUGUUGUCUUUUUAAAGGUGCCCCAUAUGCCCAAAGUCAUGUUUCGCCAAGAAAAUCAAGUUUAUGCCGUCAAUGUGAGCGGAACAACAACAACACAGCAGGAUCAUCAUCUUUUCACAAACACCACCACUGCAAACGUCAGCAACAAUAGUAAUAAUAGCCUUCAUCACAAUCAUCAACAUGAAUAUGAUCCCUUCAAGAUGGCUGCUCUCGCCGCUGCCGCUGCCGCCUCCACCUCUUCUUCAUCGACUCCGUCACCGUCACCAUCCAUGGCAACUUCCAUGUUUCAACAAAUACAACAAUUACAACAACAGCAACAUCCGAUUCAACAAGACAUGUUUUCUGCUGCGGCAGCGGCAGCGGCGGCAGCAGCAGCCGCCGCCGCAGGCACAGAAGCAUCGCCCCAGCAAUUACUACAGGCGGCAUUAGCUUCGGUCUCGUCACCGGCAGCAGCAGCUGCCGUCGGUGCAACCGGAAAACGCAAGAUCAGCAAUAAUGACGACAAGGCCAUUACCCCUAAUACUACUACUACCAGUACUACCAAACGAACCAAAAAAGCGAGUCCACGCGACAAGGAAUAUUCUGUUCGAAGAAACGACAUCAUUCAAGACUUACUCAAAGUAUCAGAAGCCGAUCUAUUCCACCAAGCCAAUGUCGUUGACAAUGACGUCAAACUGAUCAUUCAAGACCAAGCGCACAACUUGCUGUCCCCACUCCAUCGGUUCGCUACAUUUGCCAACCUACCAGCCCAUUACGAUUGUGACUUUGCUCCACGCAACGCAGGCGUUUAUUUCAACUAUGAGUAUUUCCAAUUAUUCUUGGCUUAUCGUGCCUUGGAAUUGGAACGUCAACAACAACAACAAGGAGGAGGAGCAGGACACCAGCAUGAUACACGGCCGAUUUUAGUGCAGUGUCGCUCCGAGAUUGAAAAAGUGUUGGUGAAUACGAAUUGGGAAGCGAUUCGACGUCGGUUGACGAUUGGUGAACGUAUUUGGCAAAUGUGUUCUGUUGUUGGCCGUGGUUUCUUAUUGUUGAGCAAACAAGUCUCGGGCCGAAAGUUGCUGCACAAUUUCAAUACCGGCGAAUGGGCCGAAUUCAUGCGCGAGUUCCAGCGAUCAGAGAAUCAGACUUUGUUGCAGACGUUACAAACAAAGUACUCGCCUCAUCGAUUCUAUGGUAGUAAUAGUGGUGCUAACGCUGGUGCUACUGCUGCUUCAGCAGUACCUGAUUCGUCUGUCAUGAUACCAUCAUCAUCAUCUCCAUCAUCUCCAGCUACCAUAACAACCGCCACAGCAACAAGUGCUACGAUACCACCCACUACCACGACUGCUAGUACAGCAACAUCUACGCCAAUGGCAAGUACUGCCAUGAAUUUAGGACAAGAAAUACCGGUCGUAGUACAGCACCAAGCAGAUGUCAAACAACAACAACAGCAGAUGACUACUGCUUCACCAAUACCACAACAACCAUCAUGAUCCAACGAGCCAGACUAUCGGGCCCCUCCGCAAUAACAACAUUCCAAAGCAUGCAUAUGUCAUAUAUACGUCUUGUCAGUCUGCACUCAUAUAUACUAAACUACAUUC